GAACAUCCUGGCAAACGUCUCAUUGUUAGAUCGUGACAAGUGCUUGAGCGUGACAAGCGUUCCUUAUCGGAUUCGUACUUGCCGAGUGUGCCGCGUCGUCAUUCCGUCCAUUAUCCGCUGUUAAAAUCGUCUAAAAAUGUUCAGGGCGUUAGCCGCGAUCCUGUUCCUGUCCCAAGCGCAAUGCAUCUUCCCACCCGCCCUUCUCGAGACUGUUUAUCAAUUGUUCGCCGGAAUCCCGAAUGCUUUCGAUGACUCGGUCCCAGAGGAAACAUACGUCUUGAAGGAGUACGAUUUCAUCGUGAUCGGGGCUGGCUCGGCCGGAUCCGUGUUGGCGAAUCGUUUAACAGAGAAUCCCGAUUGGAGCGUGUUACUCCUGGAAGAGGGUAAGGACGAGAUUUUCCUCACGGAUAUUCCGCUGCUCGCUCCCGCUCUACACAUCACGGACUAUGUUCGUUUGCACAAAAGCGAGCCGAGACCUCGGAACGCCGACGGCACCGGUGGUUACUGCUUGUCGAUGAACGACGGUCGCUGCAAUUUGCCGGGGGGUAGGGCCGUCGGGGGCUCCUCGGUGGUAAAUUUCAUGAUAUAUUCCAGAGGAUCGCCUCGCGAUUACGAUGCCUGGGAAGCGCAAGGUAAUCCGGGAUGGAGUUACCAAGACGUAUUACCGUACUUCCUGAAAUCCGAAAAUUGCAAACUGCCGGAUGGAGAUAUCAGAUUCCAUAGUCGCGAAGGCUAUCUCGAUGUCACGACGUCUCCUUACGUAUCCCCUCUGCGAGAACGUUUUCUCCGAGCUGGCGAAGAACUGGGCUAUGACGUAAUCGAUUAUAAUACUGACAAGAUCAUCGGAUUCUCGACGGCGCAGGUUCACUUACGAAACGGCCACAGGGUCAGUGCCAAUAAGGCCUUUCUAAGACCGAUUCGUGACGUAAGGGCCAAUCUAUGUCUGUCGAAAUUAUCCAAAGUAACAAGGAUCGCGAUCGACGCCAAAACGAAAACCGCCGUCGGCGUCGAGUUCGUUAAGAACGGCAAGAAGUUGUACGCCUCUGCCAAAAAGGAGAUAAUACUUUCAGCAGGUACCCUGAAUUCACCGCAACUGUUGAUGCUGUCUGGAAUAGGACCGAAGGAUCACCUCGAAUCUUUGAACAUCCAAGCGAUCGAAGAUCUUCCGGUAGGAUACAAUCUUCAGGAUCACGUCAGCAUGUCGGCGUUGACUUUUCUCGUGAACGAGAGCGUGACCUUGGUCGAACCGCGGAUUGCUUCGAAUUUGGCUAACAGCUUCAACUAUUUCGUGAAAGGAACCGGUCCGCUGACGGUGCCCGGCGCGGCCGAAGCUCUGGCGUUCAUCGAUACAAAGCAGGAUCGAACAAAUACAUUUAUAAACGAAAUACCAUUUAAAGAGAAACGAGAUCCGAACGUAACUUCGAUCAGCGUGAAAUCACACCUACGUUCGAUCGGAUCAAACUUCGUCGUCACCGAACGUCCCGACAUCGAACUGGUUUUAGGCAUAAGCGCUUUGACCGGAGAUAUAUCAGGCAGCUAUCGCGGACUCCUCGGUCUGACCGACGAAUUUUACAAACGAGUUUUCACAGGCUACGAGGGUCUCGAUGCUUUCUCCAUCGUGCCGGUGCUUCUGCACCCGAAGAGCAGGGGACGGGUUACCUUGAGGUCUUCCGACCCGUUUGAUAGGCCUAUUUUCCACAUAAAUUACUACGAUCGCGACGACGAUCUCUGGACUAUGGUCCGGGGCAUUAAGAAGGCUAUCGAGGUGGCAUCGACGAAGUCUUUCAAACGUUACAACGCGACGUUGUUGCCGGUCGCGUUUCCGGGAUGCGAACACGCCUCGUUCGGUACCGAUCCGUACUGGGCUUGCGUCGCUCGCCACGUAACCACGACCCUGGGUCACUUUGCUGGUACGUGCAAGAUGGCCCCGAGAGGGAACUCCGGCGGUGUGGUGGACCACAGGUUACGAGUGCACGGGAUCAACGGUCUCCGAGUCGUGGACGCCAGUAUAAUCCCAAGCUUAGUAGCGGGACACACAAACGCGCCCGCUUAUAUGAUUGCCGAAAAAGCUGCGGAUAUGAUUAAACAAGACUGGAAACCAUACGGAGAUGCGUUUCAUUUAAACACCCCUUUCCUUCCGCAUUGUAAAAUAUAUGUUUUAUUUAUUUACUUCUCUACACGAAUAUUUCUUUUUUACUAAAAGAUAUAUAUGUAUAGAUGCUCGUGCUGCGCCUCGAUCGAAAAGCAUCGUUUUAUCUAUUUACUUUAUUGACGCGUCUUUGGUACCGAU